UAAAAGGUAGAAAGAAAAAGAAAAAGGCAGAUGAACCGCUCUAACGGUAAUCUUUAAAAAUAUAACCUAGCCGAGAGGAAAUCUUCUGGCUUCAUCUGGCAUUAUCCGGACUGAUUUGGCGUUUAAUUGGGUUCUGGAAACACUGAUCUAGGGAAAUUCAUUUUGUGCGGAAGUGUGUUAUGGGUGCAAAAUGUGUUUCGGAGGACUUGUUUACUGUGUUCGAGUUUGUGGGUUUUGUUUUAUCCAAAUUCAAAUAAUGUAAAAAAUUAAGAAGUGGGUCUGAAUUUUCCUGAUCCAAUUUCGGUGGUGGGUUUGGUACAUUGAAGAUUGCAUUGAUUUUUUUUUUUUUUUUCCUUUUUCAAGGGCAGUUUUCAUUUAUUCUUUUGGAAAAAAGGAAUUUCCGGUUUUAUUGGGAAAAUGGGAUUUGAUCGCCUGGUGACAGUAUUGUUUUUCUGAUGCAUAUUUGGAAACGUUUUGUGAAAUUGUCAAUGAGAAAGAAAAAAAGAUUGUACAUUUAAGGACUUAUUAGAUUUGCGUUAGGUUUGCAAUAUUAGGAUUCGUGCUUUUGGAGUUAUUUUUUAAAAUUUUUUAUGCGUGUUCAAGCUUUUGGAGAAAAACAUCUUUCUGGGGGGUUUUCUGAAGAGGGUCGUCUUUAACAAGAAGAAGGAGAUGAAAGGUGAAUUUAUUGGUUCCAAGGUAUAAUGACUGGAGCGUCAUUAGGUUUACGUACUGGGAGUUAUGGAUCACUGCAACAGCAGCCUCAGAAUGGUAUCUUGCAUAUUUAUACGACACCAACUGUUAUGCGCAAGCCCACUUCAAGGGAGAAGGAAAAAGUGCGUUCCUUUUUUUGCCGUUGUUUUGCUCGAAGGAAGGUUGCAAUGCUCCUUUUAUUUGCCCUUGCUCUUCUGCUUUUUGUAAUUAGUUCCUUUAUACUUAAUAAAGAAAGCACCAAUGUGAACAUCACUCAACAUGCUCACAUCAUUGUGCCUUCUAACUGGUGGACGCCAAGUAAUUCAGAAAAUAUCCCCUUGGUGGAAGAUAUUUCUAAAACGAACACAGAUAGAGGAAGUGGUGAAAGUGAGGCGGGGAUUCAUCCAAAGAAUUUAACCGCUGAUCCUAAAAAUGCUAUUCCAUUUGUUCACCCUUGUGCAAAUUUUGCAUUUCCUCCUCCUCCUCCGCUUAAUCCAAAACGAAUUGGACCACGCCCAUGUCCUGUAUGUUAUCUUCCUGUGGAGCUUGCUGUAGCUAGUAUGCCAAGUUUACCAUCAACAUCUCCUGUGGUUCAUAAUUUGACAUAUGUAGUUGAUGAAAAUCCAAUUAGAACUGAACCAUAUGGGGGCUCUGAAUUUGGUGGAUAUCCUUCAGUAAAACAGAGGACUGACUCUUAUGAUAUAAAAGAGUCAAUGAUGGUCCACUGCGGAUUUGUCAAAGGAAGUAAACCUGGUUACCAGACUGGAUUUGAUAUUGAUGAAGUUGACCUUAUGGAAUUGCAGCAGUUUCAUGAUGUCAUUGUUGCAUCUGCUAUAUUUGGUAAUUAUGACAUUAUUCAACAGCCCAAGAACAUUAGUGAAUUGGCAAGAAAAAAUGUUCCAUUCUACAUGUUUGUUGAUGAGGAGACACAUACUUAUUUGAAGAAUUCGAGUUACUUGGAAAGCAGUAAUAAGGUUGGAUUGUGGAGAAUUAUUGUUGUCCAUAAUAUUCCUUACACUGAUUCAAGACGUAAUGGGAAGAUUCCAAAGCUCCUUUUACAUAGGAUCUUUCCCAAUAUCAGAUAUUCUAUAUGGAUAGAUGGAAAGCUCCAGCUUGUUGUGGAUCCUUAUCAAAUUCUUGAGAGGUUCUUGUGGCGUCAGAAUGCAACUUUUGCAAUCUCAAGGCACUAUAAACGCUAUGAUGUUUUUGAAGAGGCUGAAGCUAAUAGAGCUGCUGGAAAAUAUGACAAUGCCUCCAUUGAUAGGCAGAUUGAGUUUUAUAGAAAAGAGGGUCUAAAGCCAUAUUCUAUGGCCAAGCUUCCUAUAACUAGUGAUGUUCCUGAAGGUUGUGUUAUCAUUAGAGAACAUAUUCCCAUAACAAAUCUAUUUACCUGUCUAUGGUUCAAUGAAGUUGAUCGUUUUACUUCCAGGGAUCAGUUAAGCUUUUCAACAGUGAGGGACAAAAUAAUGGAAAGAGUUGGCUGGAGCAUCAAUAUGUUCUUCGAUUGUGAAAGACGAAAUUUUGUAAUACAGGGAUACCACAGAGACAUUUUGGAACACAUGCCUCCUCCAGUGAGUCGUAUAAGAUAUAUUCCACCAGUUUUGCCUAGUACCAAUAGAUAUGGAAAGAUUUUUCCAGGGAAGAAGCCUUCUACCAGGCGUGGAAAAGAAAGAAAAUAUAGUUCAAGGCGUCACCGGAAAUCUGGUAUUAGAGACAACUAAUUCUAAUUGUCCCCUUUUUCUUUAUCCCCCUUUUUGACUGAAAGAAUGUGUUACUUUUCUCCUCAUCUCAAAUUAUACGGGGUAGGAAAAUCUCGUUAAAUCUUUGUAGGAUAAGGAAGAUACGGCCCCUUUUUCUUUUUAUUUUCUUCUUUGUCUGGGAAUUGUUGAUAUAUAUUCAAUUUUGUUGUAAAUACUGAAAUAAGUUUCAUAUGAGCUUUUUGCCCUUUUAUUUUUA